CAUCACCUGUUGUCACCUUGAUCUAGACAAACUGUCUUCUUUAUAACGUAUAUCACUUUAAGCGGGCAUGUGUUCGAAUUGCAGUGUUGGUGAGCGCAUCUCAACACAAUCGCCUUCGUCUUAGUAUGCUACAGCAAUUCGGUAAUUAUAGCAAGCCCUAAGAUCUAGACCAUGAGGUUCUUAUGUCUUCCAGGCGCAUAUGGUAGCGCAGAUAAAUUUCAAGUUCAAUUAGCUCCUCUAGUAAAUGAGCUGCUUUCUGAUGGAUCGGCAUCUUUUCGAUUCAUAAACGCUCCAUGCGAGGCCGUCCCUCCGAAAGGAUUUGAGGACUUCUUUGGCAAGCCCCCGUAUUACCGAUUCAUUGAGCCAGAUGAGAAAGAAACUGAAGAUACCGAUGUCCUCUCACGUAUUCGUGAUUUCCCAGAAUGCGAUACGGCCGAGGACACAAUGCGGGAACUAUUCAAGGAAGGUGUGGCAAGCAGCGUGUUGAGCACUAGGAGAGCGAUCGAGUUCUUGCUGGACAUUAUGAAGAAAGAAGGCCCAUUCGAAGGCAUCAUCGGCUAUUCUGAGGGUGCUACGGUUGCAGGUACACUACUUCUCGCCGAACAAGAGCUUUUCAAGAAGACUGGACGCCAACCCAUGAUCAAAUGCGCCAUCUUCUUUGCUGGCUGGCCUCCGCUUGACCCCACGACAUAUUCUAUGGUCUUAUCAGACGAGUCUGAUACUAUGAUUGGCAUCCAUACAUGCCACAUUAUUGGCUCUCUCGAUCCUUACGUAGCUGGUUCAAUGGCUUUGUACAAUACAUGCGAGCCUGACUACGCUCACAUCUUUGACCAUGGCAAAGGGCACACAUUGCCCAGGGAGAAGGCUGUUAUCAAAGAGCUUGGAGAUGUGAUUCGUAAUAUGAUAGCAGAGGCGUCGUGAGGGACUACAGGGGGCUUCGGGGCAAAGAUAGGGGCGUUCGAUAAACAAACCACAUUAUAGACAGAACAUCUUACU